AUGAAUGCCUGGGUGGGAGACGGUGUUAGCUGGCAUGUACGCCGUCUUGCCUAUUUCAUUGAGUGGCUCUGCACAGUCCUCUUGUGUCCGUAUCGCAGCUGCGAUGCCAUCACUCGGGCGCAUUUAGCCUCACUCACUUUCCCACUUUCCCACCUCUUCCCGCCCAUUCUGCCGUUGUGGCUUCUUCCUCAGGACACAAUUUUGCUCGUGCUCUCCUGCCAGUCUUGGCUUCGCGGUAUUGUUUCAUCGGAAGGCUUGGGGUCAUCUGGGAGCCGGUUCCAGGAUUCGCGCUUUCCGGACUCGGAGGCGGAGUCCAGCUUGUUGCGAGUGUGUUACUUGAGUGAAGGUGUCACUUCUGCCAGUCUGUCCGCCAUACAGGUCGGUCUCACUUGCCGGCAGAUCGAGGAGCCCACAUCACUGAUCUUAUCUGGCUUUGCCCUCUUUUUGUCUUUCCGAUCUCUUCCGACCAGGCAGCCGGUUGUUCACGUCCCAGUGUGUGGUGGAUAUGCGUGCGCUUUGGGCAUCCUCGUGCAAGAGCCAUAG